AUGGAUCGACACGGUGGAUCACAGCUCUAUUCCAACGUCGCCAUUCCUCCGACAUCGCGGUGCAUCCGGCUCCUGGAAAUUGAAGCUGCAGUGAAUGGAGAGGGUGGUGUCGACGUAUUACAGCCCCUGGCAGGCCGUUUGCGAUUGGCAAACCUAGACGACAACCCUUCGUUUGUUUCGCUAUCCUAUGUUUGGGGCAAGGGGACCUCCAGCCACUAUAUUGUCUGCCAACCCGGUAACUGCUUGGUAAAUAUCCCCUGGAACUGUUUCAGAGGGUUGCAGCAAGUCACCCGUCGCUUUGGUAAAGUAUCCAUCUGGGUAGACUCGAUAUGCAUCAACCAGAAUGACGACGAGGAGAAAAUCCAUCAGAUCCCCUUGAUGAGAGAUAUAUAUAGCAUGGCCACCUGUGUUUACGUCUGGUUAGGCGACGGCAACAAAGCAUCAGAUCGAGCUCUUAGAUUUCUCAAGAGGCAGGCUCGGUUCGGUACGAGACUUCCUUUGGCCAUCGUGCGGGCGCAGUCUGAUGAUGAAUACCGGGAUGCUCUGCGGCAGUAUAAGCGUGCUUCCUGGCGAGACAUGAUUUUUCGUUUCUCUUUAUCGCCUCUAUGGACGAGAAAGGUCGACUUGGACGUGAUCCUUCGCAGCCCGUGGGUGUUCCGAUGCUGGACUUUCCAGGAGUUCCUCUUGGCGCGAGACAUGAUCUUCCUCUGCGGAGAAGAAACUAUUAUAUGGGAGGAAUUGGCAAACGCAAUCUGUUUCCGCCACGAGGACAGCUACUUUGUGAGGUCAAAGCCGAUCAACGAGGUCACUUUUGAGCAGUGGUGGCCCCUGGUCACGCUUUGGUUCAACUUCUCUCGAAGUAGCCUGCGUUCAUGGCCUCGGCAAGGGAGAGAUCAAGAACAGGUAAAGUCUAUCCAAGAGGGAGUCAAAACUGUAUGGAGUGCGUCUAGAUAUGGCCCAGCAAACCAAUUACACGUGUUCUGUAUAAUUUCCAGUGUGUUGGUUGGUGCUGCCCUCGUGGCGCUCUACUGGGCUGUAUGGAAGGGCGCAGAGACUGGAAUAGAUGAGCCUGGACGGUUCGGCUUCUUCUGGCUCUUCGGCAGCCUCAUCUACUUGAGCCUGUCGAUAAACCUAGUCAAGAUAUGGAGACAGCUCGUGAUUGGGCUUGACCAGAAGUGGGCGAGAGCAGACAAUGCAGACGGCGAGAUCCGUGCCCGCGUCAUCGAUGGCGUCCGUUCGGCAUUGAAGAACCGCGACUGCUUGGAUCAUCACGAUAAGUCAUUCUCUUUGCACGGGGUCCUCGACAUCUGUAACGUCACGCCGAGCAAUCCAGAUUACGGGCGCCCGGUGGGCGAGACCUACCACGUCCUCAUGCAGGAGCUCAUCGCCUGGGAUGCCCAGGCGCUCGUCAUGAUCCUUGAUGCUGGAAAGCCUCCACAGCUAGCACCAUCUUGGGUCCCCAACUGGUCCGAGAGCGGCCCUAGCGAGUGGCUCGUAUCGCAGUAUCGCACACGCACGGGGGCGAGUGGCCCAAACGCAGCAUAUCCAAGUCUACCCGGAGACGUCAGUGUUGUGGGCAACACCGUCCUUCGGCUUCAGGGGAAGCGCGUGGGCACAGUCACGUUCAGUACAGACCUGCUCUUCCCGGCCGAGGGUAGUACCCCCCAAGUGCAGCCAGUCCUUGGCCGGGACCUGUUGGUAUCUGCACUGUUUCGCCUUGUGCAAUUCUUCGCAUAUGUAGGGGACGCAACGCGUCACGGCCUGCUUAGCAAUGACGCAAACAUUACAAUAUUCGCCGUACUUGAAGGGCUGAUUCGAAUACAAGGGGCGAGAUCUAAGCAAAGUAGUAGUGGCAUGAUGCAAUUCACAGUGCCGCUGCCGGCUUGGGAGGGCCCAUAUGACUUUACCAAGGAGAAGAGAGAGUUCUGGAGGUUGACUGAGUUGCUCAAGGUGAUUGAAGCUGCAUUGCCGAGCUUGAAUGUCGAAUCGGAAGAAGGAUCCAGAGAUGCGACUGUCCAGCUGUUUGAACAGAUUGCGGGCUGGGCUUAUAUAGGAAAUUACUUCCUUCGGCUGGUGAAGAUUUUGGUUGAGCAGAAGAGAGGCCUUUAUGUCUUGUCGGGUGGGCUUGCAGGAACAGGCCCUCUUGGAGCCUCUGUUGGAGACGAAGUCUUCGUGCUCCCCGGUAUUCCGACUCCUAUGGUGUUGAGAAAAUCAGAUAAUGGCCGCGGUUGGACAGUCGUUGGGGCGACACUUGUGCACAGUAUCAUGUACGAUCAGUUAUAUAGUAUUAGAAAUGGUUAUGAGGUUAUAGAUCUCUAUUGA